AAAAAACAAAUACAAGAAAAAUAACCAAGUAAGCAAGGCAGCGAGCCGUCGCGGCAAUUUUGCGAAAAUAAAUAAAAGCGUAAACUAAAUAAGGAAAAAGAUUCACACAUAUUGCGGCGGGCCACAGCAACAAAAAGAGUAGCAGUAGCAGCAGCAACAGCAAAAACUGUCGCCAGGGAGGCCCAAAAUAGUAGCUGUUUUGUUCCACAGACCAUGUCCGCAGCCGCGUCCGGCCAUUGAAACAUCCUCCCAGGAUCCCCUGAAGUGAAGCGAAGGUUUGCUAAAUCUACAUGGAAACGGACAGCAGCGACAGCAGGGACAGCGUGAACUCGAUACCGCGUCCUGAAUUCGAGGCCCUCUCCGCCAUCGACAGCCCCCAGCCAGUGCUGUUACUUCAGGCGGACAGUCAUGAUAUGGAGCCCAGUAUGCCCCACAAGCGACAAAAGUAUGUGGUGAGUGCCCCACCGGGGUCGGCUGCCGGCAGCAGCAACUCGUCCAACUCCAGUCCAUCGGCCACACUCGGACCACCGCUCACCAUGAAACUUACCAAGGUGCCGUCGCAACCGCACCUGCAGCUGCAGUCGGACCUUAGCACAUUGGUAUCGUUGCCACAGAAGGAGGGCAAGACGACGAAGGUGCCCAAGGAGAUGGUGGCCCUCCAAAGGUCACAAAUGGAGUCCGAGGUGCUCAGCCACUUUGUGGCCGAUGGAUCGAAGUUGAAGCGCCGCAAGUCGCGCUUUGUCACAAGUCAGCUAAUGAAACGGGCCCAGCAACACAAGAAGCGGUCGUCCCCCAAGCCUUCUUCCAGCCGCAGCCGCAACAGAAAGCGCAAGAAAAAUCUGUUUGUGAAACGCAGCAAGAGCAUACCAAACCCGUCCUGGGACGCCGAAGAUACCGAAUGGGUUGAAAGGCUGGCUACGAAAGUACGCCAAGAGCGGGGUCUUUCCAUGGUCAACGAUUGCGGAAAACGCGUCCUGGGGCUUGAUGCCGAGGAUAGUAAUAGUAGUUCGACUGUGGAAUUGAGCCCCUCAAACCUUCGCUCCCGCAGCAAGACCAAUUCGCUAAGUAACAGCUGUAGCAAUGAGGAGCAUCGCCCAGCGAAACGCGGCAAUCUUCGCACCGAGAACGUGGAUUUUGCGAAGAAGCAUAGCGCCUUUCUGGACAGCAUCAUAAAUGAUCCAGAGUCGGAGCAAAACCCUAAAACCUCGACCGAGGUCGAUAGCGAUUGGAUCAACAGCUCGGCUGGCAGUAUGCAAGAUACCGAUGUGUCGGCCUUCUUGGAUUUCAGUAAUCCGAAGACAACAGAAAAGGAGCCAGAGCCAGAAGACAAGGUAUAUGAACGAAUGAUGCAGAUCUACAAAACGCCGCCACGGAAUGGCUGGGAUCCCUUCUGCUGGAAGUGUCGGAAAUCCGGCAAUCUGCAGGCGUGCAGCAAGUGUCUUCGCUCGUUUCACUCAUACUGUGUGCGUCCAGCCACCACAAAAUUCGAUUACUCUUGGAAGUGUCCCGAGUGUACGCUGCUUGACCCCGCACCUAAAAGGUUGCGUCGGAACGAUGUCUCGGCCGAUCUGUUGAGCCAGCUGCUAGGCUUUGCGCUCGAACGCAUGAAACAAGUGUGCGGGCUCCAGAAGCUGCGGGCGCCAGAGGAUGUGUUACCGGAAACGUACAAAAAAUUCUUUGUGAAUCCCGUGAGCUUCGCGACUCUGUCCGCGCGCAUCAAAAACAACGCCUUUUGCAGUGUAGAUGAGUUCCUGAGUGAGGUCAAGUGGAUGCAGCACAAUGCCCUGAUAAUGGACUCUGGCGACCUCAAGGUGGAGCAGCCGGCCAAGCAGUUGGUGAAGGUGUGCCGCGAGGAGACCAUCGAGAUAGACACCUGCGCCGAGUGCUAUCUGAAUGCGAACUCCAGCGACGAGUGGUUCGUGAAGGUUUGCCGUCAGCCGCAUCUGUUGCUCUGGGCCAAGCUCAAGGGAUUUCCCUACUGGCCCGCCAAGGCCAUGGGUGCCGACAAAGGCCUGGUGAAUGUGCGCUUCUUUGGCAAGCAUGAUCGCGCCCAUGUGCCCGUGAAGGAUUGCUUCCUGUACUCGGCCCUGAAUCCCAAUAUGCAGACCAGUCGUCGCAUGGCCAGAGACUUGGUCGAUUGCAUUUAUGAGGUGGAGGUGCAUAUUGAGCAUAUCAAGCGGAAAAUCGGCUCCUUCCACUAUGCCCCCUACCGCACGCCCUACGAUCCGCUCGAGGAGCAGCAGCAGCUCGAGAAUAUGAUGCCAGGCGUAUACGCGGCCAUCGAUCGUGAUCUGGAGCCGGCCAACAAGACGCCGCUGCAGUUUCUCAUUCGUAAAACAGCAGGCGAUAAGUUGUCCAUUGUAAAGAAAACAAAGGCCGCCACAGAGUCGGGCAAUGAGUCGGAUCAGUCGGUUAGUCCAAACAAGAAGCUUCCACCGCCGCCGCUGCCGCCGCCGCCGCCGCCGCCGCUUUCAUCACAGCAGCUUCAGGGACUAGAACAGGCAACGGCCACGGUCUCCGGCAAUGAGCAUGUCAAGCAGAAGAGCAACAACUAUGAGGUCAUACCCCGUUCGGCUGAAUCGCUGACCGACUCACGCUGCAAGGUGCUGCUCAAGCGGAAGAACCUGGCAGCAAAGGCCAUACCACCAGCCGACGCCUCAGUGGCGGGUACAGAGGUGGCCGGGAAGAGGCGUAAACAUUCCAUAAUCGAUACCAGCGGCACCUCCGAAUUGAGUCGUCGCGAAAAGCAUGCAGCACGCAAGCAGCAGAUGGCAGAACUGGAGCAGCAACAACAAGCGAAUAAUCCGGAAGAGAAGGAGCAGGACAAGGAGGACGACUUCCUUUUUUCCGAACUUGAGUCGGAGAUGCAUUUAAAAUUGCCAGAUUCUCAAAUCGAUACCACGCCCGAUCCUCUCGGCGGAUUGGUGGAUUUGGUCAGACGUCGUCAAGGCGUGACCAUCACCAAGAUAUCACGCGAGCAGCAGCAGCAACAACAGCAACAGCAACAAGCUGCCUCCUCAAGUGACACCACUGCCCCAAAAGCUUCCAAGCCCUCAGUGGCCAAGCAGCCACGUGAACUGGAGAGAGCCGAAGCAAAGGGCUUGAAGAGGUCCGAAGUUGAGCGGCAACAGGAGCAGCUAAUCAAGAAGGUGAUUCCAUUUGUCGAAGUCAAAGCCGAAGUGCUAUCGGAACCAGAGCCCGAGGAAGAACCCCCUCAAGUGCAGGAAACUAUUGCCCCUGAUUCUGCCAAGCUACCUAAGCCAGCCAAGGAACAACAAAAAGCACCGGCAGAGAAGCCACAACAGCAAAAAGCACAGAAGGAGCCAAAUGAGAAGGUUAAUACUCCGCAGGAACCGAGGAUCACAGUGCCUGUGCCUGUGCCCACUCCACCGCCAGAACCAGGCGAGGCCCAGCCUGCUGCCCCUGUUCCAGAGCUCGUGGCCAUCAAGGAAGAGGUUCUCAGCGAAGAGGAAACGGAAUCGGACACCCACAACAGUAGACAUAACUUGGUGGCACAGGCAAUGCCUCCACCGCCGUCGCCGUCGCCGCAGUCACAGCCCCAGGCCACCAGAGCGGAGGCAGUGCUAACGAUGCGCGAGGAGACGCCUUCAGUGCGUUAUGUGGGCGACACGUCCAUCCAAAAGAUCAGCCACAAGCAGGCAGCCGCGGCGGCCAAAGCUAUGGAGGCGGCACCACCCAAACGCAGGGGCGUCCCAUAUGGCCCUCUGCCUCUGUCGGGGCAAGCAUCCACCUCGCCAGCUCAUUCGCCCGGCCAUUUGCCGAGCGUCAAACCACCCGGCAUGUACGUGGUCAGCAAGCCGACGCCACCGCCACCGCCACCUGCACCGCCAAAUGUGCGGCAAAAAAGUGACCGUCCUCAACCGCUGACGCAGCCGCCCCCUGCACCCAACACAUCAAGCCUGCUGCGAUCCAAUAUGGUAGUCAUACCCGUGGAGCAGGCAAGCGGCUGCACUCUGAACAGCCCGAUGACGAUACCAGUUCCUCCCCUGAGAGCCGUGUCCAAGAGCACACUCCAGAGCUCGACGUUUAUACCAAGCAUUCCCAUUCCCCCUGGUCCCACCUCAGUGCAAAGCAGCAGUGCUUCCAUGCCACCGCCUCUGGCGGGUUUGAGCAUGCCCCAGAUGGGCACGUCCACGUCUCAAGCCAUAUCCAUGCCGCCCACUAUGGAGUCCGGUGGCCUGCUGGCCAACGCUCUGAACGGACUGCCCACAGAGAUCAUGGUGAGCGAGUCGAGACAGAAUGAUUCGUUCGUCUGUGCAGCUCUGAAUGAAAUGCUCCUGCGCUCGGCUCCGCCCAAGCUGGUGCCUCGUCCAUGCGGUCCACUUCAGUCGGAUGGCUCCCAAUUCUAUCCAGCGCACGCCGGACCCGUCUCUCAACGUCUCAAAGACAAUGCACACAAAAUCACGGACUACUUCAUAUCCGUCAUCGAGGACACUCUUAGCGAUCUGGGCGGCGGUGACCAGAAUAUACUGCAGGCUCGCAUCACCAGCCUCGCCCUGGAGAACGAGCGCCUAAAGCAGGACUACAGCCGCCAGCUUUCGGAGAUAAAGCGCAACAACGAGCAAAUGAUCAACGAGAUGCGCAAGGCGCUGGAUCAGGAGAACAAGCGCGUGAUCAGCGAGAUGCGUCAGCAGAGCACAUUGGAACGGAAUCAUGCCGUCGACGAAACUAAGAAGAAACAGUGGUGCGCCAACUGUAUGCGAGAGGCUCAGCUGUACUGCUGCUGGAACACCUCAUACUGCGACUAUCCUUGCCAGCAGAUGCACUGGCAGCUACAUUCGGCCACAUGCGGCCAGGCCAGCGCCCUGGGGCUGGGUGAAACGAUCGAUUUGACGCCACCGCCGGUAUCAGAGCCGACCCGCUCCAGGCCAAAGCCAACGAUGGCCACUCCGAUUGCCAGUCAUAUGGCUACACCGAUGCCAGUAGCGACAGCCGUACCAACACCAGCGCCAGCAACUAGUAUCGCCAUUCCCACCCCACAGUUGCAUCGGACAGCGUCCAGUGCAAUGCCGAUUCCAACAGCAUCGGGAUCGGGAACUGGGUCUGGAUCUGGAUCUGGUGGAUCUUUUGCCGGAUCAGCCCCCAAAAAAUGGCAGACCAUGAUGUCCCUCAGCGGCCAUUCCAAUCAGGAGAGUCUGCUCAAACAUCCUGCUCCCCUGCUGGCCGGACUGCCGUCUGGUACAUAUGUACGCCCAGUGUCGGUCAGUGCCACGCAGCCAACCUCGGUGUCAGCUACGGCAUCAGUCAGCAACGUCGUUAACACGACCUCACUGAUAACACCGACGCCGACAUCAUCAGUGCCGCAUAUUGCUACCAUCAUAUCCGGCCCGCGCAACACCAUAAACACGUACAGCUAUGCCAACAGACUGGCCACCCCCCAGCCGAUGCCCAUACAGCACUACAAUAUACCAGUACCCAUCGCCGUGACCAGCAAUGUACAGCCGUACACUGUGAUGGCAGAGCAGCCGCCAAAGCCAAAGUCCUCAGCUCGCAGGGGCCAAAACCGCAGCCGCAAUGCCAACAGCAGCAACAACACCAACAACGUCAACAGUACAAUGGGAAUGCACCACAACCAAGUGAACCAAAUACACUUCCACCAGUAAGGAUUGGUGUUGUAGGAGGUACACAAUAUAGGAUUUCGGAUUUCCCACCUUUAGAGACUGCCUAGAUAUUCAGAAUAUCUCCUCAGAACAGAAAAGGAGUUUUUACUUUUAUUUUUUCUUUGCUUACAACGAAACCCAUGGAGUAAAGGAUAACCAUUAAUAAAUAAAAUCAGAAAAGCUUUGGCAAAGGACUACCAGGGACUGCGAGGAAAGGAUCUUGCGCUGAGGCAGUGUGUAAAAAAGAAACUUUUAUAGUUUUAAAUUAUAGGUUAAUAAGAAAGGUACACCACCUUCACGGAAAAACACAUAAGAAGAACUCAUGUCAAUACCUAAGGAUCAUCCACACAUUCUCACAUGAAGAAACAAACAUCAAAUCAAUCACAUUGCAUCGAUUACAUAGUGAUCGAAUGAUUUCUGAAUCAUGAUUUUCAAUUAAACAACUAAUUGAUAAACAUUAAA